AUGGAGGUCGAACGUCUUCUGGUCUCUGGAAGAGCCGUCAUCUCUAACGCGGAUGAAGUCUGGCCCAGUCUGUACAUCGAGGAAAACUGUGCAGAGAUCAGAAGGCAUCGCUUCACUCAUGUCCUGAACUGCGCCCACAGCUCCAGACGUGGCGGCGAGAUCUAUGAUGGCAUGGGCAUCACAUACAUGGGCAUAGACGCAUAUGAUUCACCCACGUAUGACAUGAGUGCCAACUUUAACAAAGCUGCUGAAUUUAUACAUACAGCGCUGAAAGAGGGAGGCAAAAUCCUGGUUCACUGUCAUGUUGGAGUGAGUCGAUCAGCAACUAUAGUUUUGGCAUAUCUGAUGCUGAAACACAACAUGACGCUGGUGGAGGCGAUCCAGAAGGUAAAAGAGGGAAGAGGCGUCUUUCCCAACCGAGGCUUCCUCAGACAACUCAUUGACCUUCAUAUUAAAUUAUACGGCUACAGACACUAGACACACAACAGCCAUGAGACACAAUGAAAAUCGAGCAGGCAGGAGAAAUAUGGAUCAAUGUGGGUUUUAAUAUUUUUGGAGCAGAAACUUUGUGCAGCUUGUUCAUUUGAAAUGUAUUUGAUCCAUCUUACUGAUUUGUAUGGUUUUAUUCAAUUCAAAUAAAUUUUAAAUGAACAUAUUAAAAUGAACAUACCUGACGAAGUAUUAUCUCUCUUGCUUUUAUUAACUGAGUAAAGAUUAACAUACAUGGCCUUUCAUUCAAAUGCAAAUAUUCACCAAUAUACAAUUAUAUGCAUAUAAAAAUAAAACAGAAA